AGACGGGACAAUCUUGAAGUACAAAAACCCUGAUAAUGCCGAAUGAGACUCGUUUUCAGACUGCAAGGGGUGAAAGGGAACCAUCUCGAUUCAUGCAUUUUACCUGACAUCAUCACACGCUACCACGACUCCUAAGCAACUCGGUCACGAUGGAUGUUCCGCACGACAUCAUCAACGCCUAUCAGUCGGCACGUCUCCAGUACAUCCGUGCCGACGCCUUGGACGAAGACUUUAAAGCAUUUGUCCCGCAAAUAGAACAGGACCCCGUCAUUCAAGUACUUGCUGCAUCGACCAUGCUAAAACCCAAAGGCAAAACAGACUUCAACUCGUAUGCCGAGUCUGUGGCCGCGUCAUUGCUCGGCGUUGCGGUGUGUCUUUUGCCGGAAGAAGGGCGAAAACGAGAGCAUAAAGGAAGCGCAGACUUGAGCAUGCAAGAACCGGAUGAAGCUCACCAAGACAAAUUGGCCGAGUGCCAAGAACGGGGAAAGAAGCCAACAAUCAUCGGUGUCAUGUGUCUGGGCUGGGGCGGCAUAUCCCCAUCCAUCGCACACCACCGUAGCGCCCCCAUUGGUAUCAGCCUUGCAAAACCGUACCAGAAUAAAGGCUACGGGCGCGAGGCGAUAGAUUGGAUGCUCGAUUGGGCGUUCAAGCACGCAGGUCUGCACUCGGUGACGAUCAGCGCAGCGUCAUAUAAUCCCCGAGCAAUCCACCUAUAUCAAGGCAUUGGGUUCUCGCUUGAUGGACGCAGGAGGGAGACGAUUUGGUAUAAUCGGGGAUGGCACGAUGAGCUAGAUUUUGGCAUGACGGAGUGGGAGUGGGAGGGUUUGAGGGGGUUUGAGCCGUCGCGAACAUGAGGAAAAUAUGGCGGGAAGUCUUGUGUUGGAGCGAGAGUCAUCAGCACAGGGGAACUCAAUCUGUCAUUAGUUAGUUUUACCAGUUAAAUAAUUCAGUUAUGCGCCAGUGGCUGUCGCUUGCCUGAAUUAAUUCCUCUUUUGGUCUAACGGCAAGACUGCUCUAUUGAAGCUUGCAAAGAAGCAGAAGGGUACAGUGCGUAAGUACU